AAGGAGACGGUAAAGAUGUUUCAUUGAGAAAUAUAACUACGGUCAUCACGUGACAACUUCUCCAAUCGUUCCGAGGUCUCCAUUGAAUAACAUUUACUGGGCUGCUGGGACCUGGGUACAUUAUUGCGGUACAUCUUCGAAUAAUUCACUCGCAGUUGCCAAUUGCCUCGAAUUUACGUACAUUUACGUACAUUUACCCCAUUCUAAACCUACGUUGGUACCCCUGCCCCUGACAAGCCUUGAACAAAAGAAGAAGAGAAGGGGAAAAAGUGCGGGGCCGGGACGCUUCUACCGACCCAACAACCUUGGAACCUUCGAAUCUCUCCAAAAGCUCUCCCAAAGCUCCAAGACUCACGGGAACUUCGCAAGAAUAACUAAUUAGUUGGUAAUCUUGGUAUCAGACGUUGGCCGCGACCUCGUCUACCCUUUCGUCAUAUGUUCGCAUCUCAUUAAAUCGUAUGGCCUCCUCUCAUCCGCCGCUUUUCCAUAUCGGAUCGAAUGGCGCCGAAGUCAGACACUGAUUCAAGAGACGAGGAGCGCCUUGCUGCCUGCUUCAACUGUAAGAAAUCAAAGCUGAAGUGUGUUCGUCCUAGCGGGUCUGCCACCUGUACUAGAUGCACUCAGCGCUCAAUUCAGUGUUCUGCACCGCUUUUUCAUGUGGGACGACAUAAGGGAGUAAAGAACAAACAUUCGGGUUUAGAGAAGGCCGUUUUUCAGAUAGAACAGGCCUUAAGAAGGUCGCACGCAGGCGCCAUCGAUCAGGUACAGACGGCAGAGCAAGCCACCGAAUUGAGAUUUCUACUCGAAAGGAGUAGGGAGCUUUUAAGUGGCCAAGAUGGUCUACCACGGCGCAUAUCGCAAAAUGGCAUGGAACAUGACCAAGCGUCCUUGUCUCCUCAGCAAACCUCUCCCUCGAUAGGGACUUCGCCUUCACAAACCUGUUCGCGUGAUGAUCCAGCAGUACAUACCAAGAUUGAAGAAGACCAACUUAGCCUGGAUGAUGCCGAGAACCCGCUGCAAUUGCUCGCCCGAACCUCCGAAUUACUAUCAUCCAUAACGCCACAGGUGCAAGGAAACGGAACGGGACGAUUUCCCAAAUCUGCCCCCAAUCGGGGUACUGCUGGAGAAGGCGAUGACUUACAAAAGUUCUUUGGCCGUUUUCAAGCACGACUAGAUGUCGGCGAGGAUUUGGACCCCAUUGAAUUAGGUCUCAUCACACUUGCGGAGACCGAAGCACUAUUUACCUAUUUCUACGAAAAACUCUCACAUACGCGCUGGGGAAUUGAUCCUGUGGUGCACACGGUACAAUUUGUUCGAAAUCGCUCAGCAUUCCUAUUGACCUCAAUAGCUGCCGCGUCCGCACUAUUCUCACCCUCUAUGGAAUCAUUAUAUAAGAGACUCUCAAACCAUCGACAAAAACUCGCUGGCCUUGUUAUGUCAAAGCGCUAUAAAUCCGUAGAGAUCGUCCUGGCUUUCAUGGUUAAUAUACCAUGGAUAUCAGCUGGUGAGCAUUGGGCAGAUGACGAGACUUCGACCUACCUUUCCAUGGCCUUAACAAUAGCCUUGGACUUAUCUCUUAAUAAGAUCAUUUUGCCUUCAUCUACGGAACCACGGAGCCCGAGAGAUACCAUUGCUACGUCUGAUUGCAUCUCUGGCCGAAAGGCGCUCAAUAUAGAUGGGUUUAGCGAUUUUGAUCCAGAUUCCCCGAGCGGCCAAAGGCUCUUGAGAAGAAGAGAACGCGCCUGGCUAUCUCUUUUCGUUCUCGAAAGAGGUGUAUGCCUCGCGAGAGGAAGGAAUUACGUUUUACCAAUGUCGCCGCUCAUUGAGAGUUGCGACCAGUGGCAUCUAAGCGAGCUAGCAGAUAGAUGGGAUGGCUCAAUUGUGUCUGUCGCCGUUUUAAGGCGAGAUCUGACGAACAUAAUUACAAAAGUAAGGGCAAUAUGCGACAGCUAUGUUAAUGGCAAUAGCGAAUCAUCUGUCGUUGAUAGAGUCAAAAGCGAAAUCACUCUUUUCUUCGAUAGAUGGUACCAGACUUGGCCCGUACAAUUAGGAGACCGUGAAAAACUCUCAUUACCUCCAUAUGUCGAGAUCCUUGCCUCCCAUACUCGGCUAUCUCUAUACAGUUCGGUGAUCAACCAUAGCACUGCUCCCACAGGGGCACGGCAUUUCUUUCGCGCUGCUGGCCUCUCAUCUGCGCUGAAUGUCUUGAGGGUAGCCGUUCAAGGCGAGGGGCAGUUAAGAUCCAUGCCUAACAACACAGCCAUCAUGAUAUCCUUUGCCGCGUGUUUCGCGCUUAGGGUUAGUACUGUUGCUGAUGGUAGGGGCUCCAGCCUAGCCCCUAGUAUUAGGGCUUUAAUAGCAGAGACUACGGAUGUACUAGAAAGGAUAGGAUCGACCCCAAUUCAAAGGAAAGGUCUUUCUUGUCUAUUCGCCGGUCAACUGAGGCAGAUACUAAAAUAUGCAUCGCGGGCCUCGGAAAAUACUCAGACUCUUCCGGAGUCAAAUGGAGAGGUGGCUAAGAACGCUCCUAUUUAUGCUGACUUGGCCGCAGCCCACAUGGCCAAUCACCCCGGAGCAAUGCAAAUGCAAGUCCCGGCGACAACUCUACCGCCGGACUACUUGCUGUUCUCUACGAUGUCUAACGAAAACCAGUUAGAUGAAGCUAUCCACAGUACCGACAUUGGGCUUAACGCAUUCUGGGAAGAUUUUCAGUUUCAAAGUGCUGACUUGGACUGGAUGGACUGGUCAACGUUCGGGACGUGAAUGUAUAAAUUCUAUAUCUACGACAUGAGUACACGGCACUUGGGCGUUCACGAGGGGUCACAGGGAAGAGCAUCGCAUGGUGUUGGAAAUAGGAAACAGGAAACGGGAUGGAAAGAUUUUUGGAUAAUCCCGGUUCAAUGCAUUGUUUACUAUAUGCCGGUCUCUAUACCAGGCUUAAGAUUUUCAAUGUCUCCUGAGAAGAGACCAGAAAUUUAAAUGGUUACACUCUGACAGGACCCUUCUCGCAGGUGAUGCUACAAAAUGUUGCAGACACGUUUUGGAUGCGUCG